GUAGCCCACUCGUUUCCACUAAAUUACCCUAGUGGUACCCUGGCGCGUUGAACGUAAGCCAUUAUUAAUAGGGAUUGUUUAUAAUAGAAGAUGCCGGACGAAGACGGCGAUCACACGACGGAGGUCACAUACCCUUGUGCCCCUGCGCCUCCGGUAGAAAUAAAGCUUUUCGUCGCUCGCAUUCCAAAAACAUAUGAAGAAGCUGAGAUUCGUAAAAUGUUUGAGGAGUUUGGGGAUGUGAAGGAUGUGGUAAUUAUACGCGACAAGGCUACCAACGCUCACAAGUGCUGUGCCUUUGUUCGUAUGGUUUCAAUAUCGCAGGCUGACGCGGCCAUUAAGCGUCUGAACAAUAAUUGUGUUGUUGAUACUGCGUUGGGAGCUGUGCUGGUGAAAUACGCCUCUGGCGAAACAGAGCGGCUUGGGUUUACUUCCCUUGUUGGUGAACCUGGUGUCAAUGACGCUAAGCUCUUUGUUGGCAGUAUACCAAAAAAUGCCGAAGAGGACUUGAUACGUGAAAUAUUUGGUCCUUAUGGUACUUUGGAAGACAUUUUUAUCAUGAAGGACCAAAAUGGCGCGGGUAAGGGCUGCGCGUUUGUUAAGAUGGCCUACAAAGAGCAGGGCCUUUAUGCCAUUCGCAGUCUUGACGGCAUGAAGCAGCUUGAGGGCUGCCCUCGUCCGAUGGAAGUGCGUUUUGCAGAGUCCAAGGCCAACAAACAGCAGAACAUGAUGAUGCAGCAUCAGAUGCCUGGUAGGGGUAUCAUCGUACAGCCUCCCUACCCAAUCCCAACCCCUACCCAUGUCCGCCAGAUUGGAGUAUGGCGUGAGUAUCUAUCACCAGAGGGGAAACCUUACUUCUAUAACGAACAAACGGGUCAUACCCAAUGGGAACGCCCACCCGAGUUUGACAACGCCGCCAGCAGUGCACAGGUACCAGCGGGUCCCCCCGGUGCCAACCUUUUCAUCUUCCACAUUCCCAACGAGUGGACUCAUCACGAUCUCGUGCAUACAUUCUCUCAGUUUGGUAAGAUACUGAGUUCCAGGAUUGCGAGUGACAGAUCUACCGGAAGGCAUAAGGGUUAUGCCUUCGUUUCAUAUGACACGCCUGAGUCUGCUGCUCAGGCUAUACAGCAUCUGAAUGGUUUUACUGUUUUAGGUAAGCGUCUGAAGGUAACCAUCAAGAAAGGAGACGAAUCUACUGUUCCUGUUGCCAGUAGUGUGCCUGGUGCUUCGAUGCAAGCACGCUUGGCCACUCCGGCGUAUCAGGCUUAUCAGCACACUUCUGCGCACGGAGGACAAUCUUUUGCUCAGCAAACGUACCCUCAACAGCCUUAUUACGGGUCCUAUCAAAGAUAGAGCAAGCUCACCUUCUGCUUGAGAAAGAGAUAUGCGAACAAACGGCUGGACUCGCGACCACACCAUGUGGCGUUCCUGUGGCGCUUGUUGAGCACCUCACACUGCGAGGACAGCUGUACCAUGUAAAUAUUCCCAGGGUAAACUUUACCUCUUGGUAGAAGCUGGUGUCCAUGGCCUCGAUAUCAAGCGCGGCGGCAAGCAUGCGAUGCACAAUAACGUCAGCGUAACGACGAAUGGGCGAUGUAAAAUGGGUAUAGAGCUCGCUACUGAGUCCGUAAUGUUUGAAGCUGGUAACACCUGCUUCUCCGGAAUGACAGUAAACAGCUUGACUCAUGCAUCGCGUGGUCAUUAUCCGCAAUGCGCUACCCAGCCGUGGAUCACCGCUUUGUACUAGGCGCUUUAGCGAUAGAUUGAGGUCGCGCGAAUUGCCGAAUUCGAAUUCAAUUCCAUGUUGCGAUAGCGACCUCUGUAGCACCUUGAGACGCUCAUCCACCGGAGGAGGAUGCCUCCUCAGCAGUGCUGAGGUAGGAAAGCGUUCGAAAAUCUUUGUUGCCACACUCACGUUGGCCAGAAGCAUGAACUCUUCAACCAUACGAUUUGUGUCGUACAAUACAUACUUCUGCAUCUUCCGGACGUCGGUUAACUCGUACUCGAACUUAACCUCUGGCGACUCCAGUUCGACAGCUCCGCUUUCGAACCUUUUGGCACGCAAUAUCUUUGCGAUGUUAUCUAAACCCUUUAGUGCCU